GCUCCACACUUGUGUGUGUGUGUGUGUGUGUGUUCGCACUCUGUGGGGACCAGUUUUGAACUGUUGUCUUUAGUCUCUGAUGCUGCUUAAGUGUGCAGAGCUCUGCAGCGCCACCCAGAGGCCAGGAGCUGGUGGUGUCCUGAUGUGUCUGGACAGACUGGCACCAGUCCUGACUGUCCUGUCCUGUUCAAGUCUCCUCAUGUCCUUUCACUUUCAGUCUCUCUCUCUCUCUCUCUCUCUCUCUCUCUCUCUCUCUCUCUCAGCAGUCGUGACGUGGUGCGGUCUUCCUCCUCCUCCUCCUCCUCCUCCUCCUUCUCCUCUGUCUCCAAAGUUCCCUGACGGGGGAAGAGUCUGCAGAGAGGACAGAGGGAGGACGGAGAGAAGCGGCGUGAAAGAAGACAGAAAUCAGACACAGUCGGACUCGGGUCUCUCACCUCCUCCUGUGGUUCUCCUUCCUCCGCGGUGCAGGAGUCAUGCUGGACACGCUCACCUUCCUCCUGGAGAGACUCUUCCUCCUCGCCCACAUCAAGCUGUCCAGCCUGCUGGCUCCUGUGGGCGCAGAGCCGCCGCUGGCCAGGCGCUGUGAGCGGGAUGAAUCCGCAGCUCCUCACAGGUUCCAGCGGGGAGACCUGCUGGAGGUCCCGCGGACGCUCUUCACCCACUUCGGCAUCUACCUGGGCGACAACCGGGUGGCGCACCUCAUCCCGGACAUCCUGCCGGCGCUGACCGCCGACAGCCGGCAGAUCCAGGAGAUGGUGACCAACACGCGGCUGCUGCUCGGGGUGCUCUCCAAGCGCGCCAGCAUCCGGGUGGACUCGGUGGAGGACUUCGCGUACGGAGCCGGGAUCCUGCUGAACGCCAUGGACCGCGCGGUGCGCCGCAGCCCGCUGUGUGGAGAGGAGGUGGCCCGGCGGGCGGAGCGCCUGCUCGGCUCCGUGUCCUACAGCCUGCUGUGGAACAACUGCGAGCACUUCGUCACGUACUGCCGCUACGGCACCGCGCAGAGCCUGCAGACCGACAGGUUCUGUGAGUGGCUGAAGUCGCUGAUCCGGGACCAGCGUAACGUCCUCCUGACGGCGCUGCUGGGACUCCUGUCCAUGGUGUGUUUGGGGAUAUCCUCCAGCACCGCCCUGCCCACCCUCCUCAUCCCCUUCACCCUGUGGAUGGCCAGCUAAGGCACUUCUGGACCGACGUUCGCCGUCAGCAUCCGAGCCGUCAUGUCGGAAAACAGGAAGUAGUCAUCAGCAAACAAGCUUGUAAAGGCUAAAGACUGUGGUACUACAUUUUAUUUCUAAUCACACAAUAGGGACUGAACCUAAAACGCUCUGGUAGCCGUAGCUCAUGCUGCACAGGAAGUGAUCUUUGUUUCGAGUGACCAGAAGAAGUUAGUUAGAAUGAGUGACAUUAGCAAUCAGGAAAUGUGAGAAGAAAUUUAAACGGGCCUUUCACACUGUCCCAUGUGUUUGUUCUGGUUUAAACUGUGCUGUUGAAGAAACCAAAGAUCAUUUCAUGCUGACUGCCUUUUACAGAAGCUGCAGGUUAUUUUAUUUUGAAGGAGAUCUUCUUGUCUUCCAAUAUGGCGGUGUGGAGAGCCAGCGUACAAAACCAACAAGUUUUUAACUUCACCCCACUUUGUGGAAAAAGCUUGUAAGGCCAUUUUAUUUGUCAUAUUUUUGUUUCUUAGCUGGAGGGUGAACACAGCACACGGUCUCCUGUGAGGCGGCCAUCUUGAAUCUGUGACGGCAGGACGUGUUCAUAUGAAGCUCUUCUGUAAAUAUCUGUAGAUACCCUCCACGACCUGAUUGUUCUCUAGCAGUCACAGACUUUUGUACAGAGUUUAUUUUUGAUGUAACACUUUAUACUGCAGUUUGUAUGUAAAUAAAGGAAUUAAAGUGGA